AUGAAACGUGCACAACUUCUAGCUCUUCGCAAAGAGUUUGAGACUCUUCACAUGAAGACUGGAGAGUCUGUUGAUGCGUAUUUUUCAAGAACACUUGCAAUAGCAGACAAGAUGCGCAUCCAUGGUGACAAGAUGAAGGAUGUUAUAGUAGUUGAAAAAAAUCUACGGUCAGUAACUAUAAAUUUUGACUAUGUGCUGUGUUCUAUGGAGGAGUCAAAUGACAUUGAUGAGUUGUCAAUUGAUGAACUACAGAGCUCUUUGCUAGUACAUGAGCAAAGAAUGACCAGCAAUGUUGUAGAGGAGCGAGCCUUGAAGGUCACGACUCAUGAAGCAACACCAACAUGGAGAGGUUCAGGAAGAGGCAGAGGCUGGGGUCAACGAAGAGGUAGAGGGAGAAACUCUUUCAAUCAAGGGUUUAGACCUAACAAAUCUAGCAUUGUAUGUUAUUGCUGUCACAGGAAAGGCCAUUAUCAGCUUAAAUGCACUGAAAAGUUCAACUCAGCAAAGGAGGAAGAGUCUAACUUCGCAGGGACAGAAGAAGAAACUCUCUUGAUGGCCUAUCUUGACAAGGAAGCGCCGGAAUCAGAUAUGUGGUACUUAGAUUCCAGAUGCAGCAAUCAUAUAUGCGGUAACAAAUCUCUAUUUUCUAAUUUAGAUGAGUCCUUUAAAGAUAGUGUGAAGCUUGGGAACAACACAAGAAUUUAUGUUAUAGGCAGAGUCAAUAUGAAAUCGAAAAUUAGAGAUCAUAUUGUUACCAUCUCUGGUGUUUAUUAUGUCCCAGAAUUGAAAAGUAACCUUAUUAGUAUGGGACAGCUGCAAGAGAAGGAGUACAUAAUCACCAUUCAAAAUGGUUGCUAUCAAAUUCAACAUCCGUUAAAACGUUUGAUUGCCAAAGUCAACAUGAUAGCAAACAGACUGUUUCCACUACAAAUUGGGAAUGAUAUUCAGACUUGCUUCUCUGCAAAGGUGCAAAAUCCAACAUGGUUGUGGCACUUCCGUUAUGGUCAUUUAAGCUUCAAUGGGUUGAACACUUUGCAGCCUAAAAAAGACGGUCACAAGACUUCCUUCAACUGUUUUCAAAUCUAA